GUUCUGCUUUGUUUCGGAUAGCCUGGUUAAAUGAUUUUGUGACAGCAUUUUGGGACCAACGGCAGCGGCCGUUAAAAUGUCGCAGCCAGCAGCAGCAGCAGAUGCCAGGCCCGAGCGAGUGUAAUGGACAAGCCGAAUAUUACGGUUUAUUCUGGGCUGCAGUCAUAACAAUGAAGGAGAGAAGACUCCCGCAGCCUUUUGUGGCGAGGUGUAAACUGGUCCUGGUUGGAGACGUUCAAUGCGGUAAAACAGCGAUGCUGCAAGUAUUGGUGAAGGACUGCUAUCCAGAGACUUACGUCCCCACUGUGUUUGAGAACUACACAGCUUGUCUGGAGCUUGAAGACCAGCGUGUUGAGCUCAGUUUGUGGGACACAUCAGGCUCUCCAUACUACGACAACGUCAGGCCCCUCUGCUACAGCGACUCAGACGCAGUGUUGCUAUGCUUUGACAUCAGCCGGCCGGACACAGUAGAUGGUGCUCUGAAGAAGUGGAAAGCAGAGAUUCAGGACUUCUGUCCCAACACUCGAAUCCUGCUCAUAGGCUGCAAGACAGACCUGAGAACGGAUGUGUGCACACGCAUGGAGCUAUCCAAUCAGAAACAGGCUCCAGUCUCCCAUGAACAGGGUUCAUCUUUGGCCAAGCAGCUCGGAGCUGAAGCUUAUCUGGAGUGCUCGGCUUUUACUUCGGAAAAGAGCAUCCACAGUGUUUUUCGUACCGCAGCUCUUGCCUGCAUGAAUAAACUGCAGCCUCCCAACAAACCCAGCCCGGUCCGCCGCCUCUCCAAAAGACUGCUGCACCUUCCCAACAAGACGGAUCUCCUCUCCUCCACCUUUAGUAAGGACAAGUCCAAAAGUUGCUCCAUCAUGUGAACACAGUAAGGAGGUCGGAGUAUGGAAAGAGAGGACAAGAGAACAGUAUUCUACCUGGUUCAGGUGGGAUUCAAGGUCUGCAAGGGAAAGAGAGCAAUCAUCGAGAUUUUCACAAAACUUUUUACUCUUUUGCAUCAUCCUCCUCUAACUCCUGGCUGCCACAGUUUCCACAGAGAGAACCUAUUUGAAGUGGAGUUUCAUGAUCCUGUACAAAUGGAGUAUAACAUGUUACAGCCCCUCAUAAAGGUGGUUGUGAGUCAGCAUAACAAUGCUCUGUAUCUUAGCUCGUCCAUGAAGGAAGCGUUGUAUCCUCUCCAUUAAAGUGAUGAAAUCCAUUUAAAGCUCUGAUAGCAGAGCCGAAUCCCAUCCAUCUCUCUGUCUGGAUGUCUUUUAAAGGUCACAGCAUGGGCUGAGUGAUGAGAACGUAAAAUCUGAGAAUGAAGCUGCAUCUGCAGAAACCUAGAUGAGGAGAUCUUAAAAAAUUAUUCUCCCGCCAGAAGCCCUUGCAGUAAUAUAUACUUUGAAAUUAAAGUUGACAGCAGAACAAAAAAGAUGACAAAAAGGGAGGGAUUUGGCAAGUGGUGUGCUCAUUUGCAGAAGGCAGUGGGAGGACAAAUUGAGUCCGUGAAGAAGUGCAAUGUGACUCAGCACUAACAUGAGACGCAAGGUCGAAAAGGGUGGAUGCAUUUUGUUAAAUACUUUCCACCUGUCUUCAGGAGGUUCUCUGCCAUGCACCAUCACCACACGACUUCGGCAACCAUAGGUAUUUAUUUUAGUGGUGUUAAUGGAGGACUGACAUUUCCAGACUGUUUAAUGCAGGGGUGUCAAACUCAAAUACACAGUGGGCCAAAACUUUCAAUUGAACAAAGUCGCGGGCCAAUGUUGAACAAAUGAAUCUUUUAAUAUGGACCCAAACAAGUUCUAAUAUAACAAUAAAUAUUGAAGAAGCAAAGCUUAUCUAACUUAAAAGUGCAAGUGUGCAAAAUUGAGUUGCUAAUAAUAAUAAAACAUAUUAUAUUAAAUAAAAUAUAUUUAAUAUAUGAAAUAAAAUAUUAAAUAAAAUUUAAAUAAAAAUGUAAUGCCUCCUUUCUGAUGUAAAUGUCUAAUAUUAAUUUGAAAUUGGCUCGCGGGCCAAAUAUAAUUACACUGCGGGCCAAAUUUGGCCCGCGGGCCAGAGUUUGACACCUAUGGUUUAAUGGGUUCAAUUUUCAUUUUGUUUAUUUUUUUCUUAGUCUUUUUUUUAUACAAGAGACCAAGAAAAGAGGAUUUUUUUGUGCUCCAAAAUAGGUCUAUGAAUUAUCUAUGUUUCAGAAAUACUCUUUCUCAUGGACAAUAAGGGGAACAACUGUUCAGCUUGGUUCUACAAAUAUCUACUCAUUACAGCCUACUGUCCUGAAACCUGGCCAGAAGAUAUCACACCAGUGAAUAAUCAGUUAGCACCCCAAAAUAAAACUAAACCUGAUAUACCAUUUUCUGCAUGUUUUAUGCCUUUCAUUCUCCACAGAAUGUAGGAUCUUGUAGCAAAGAGCUGAAAGUAAACACAACAAUAUUGUGCCAUCCUCAUCCAUGAUCUUCUUGUUCUCGAAGGGAAAGUUCAGAGUUUUUGAAGCAGAGUUCCUUUAAAAGGUCAUGAUUUGUGAUUUCUGAAACCCUGCUAACACUUGAAAAUUCAACAUGAGCCAUGACAGUUGUCAGCCUUACUGGUAUUUGCUGAAAAUCUUGCUCUCAUUCAUAGCCAGAAUGAACUGAAGAUAUGGAAACAGUCUUCUUCCCAUUGUAAGAACUUUAACACCAGAGUGUUGUUAUUAUGGACUUGUUAUGAACCUGGAUAAAAACAUUGGACAUUACAAUAUUUUCCUCUUUACAUCUGAUGACUCUCACAGCAUCUUAAUUUGUAUGAAUUUAGAUUAGUUGGUGACAAAUGCAAACGCUAACUGCUAGUCCACAACACAGACUUCCAUAGUCCUAAAAACUCUCCUCUAAAAAAUGUUUCAUUGGUUUGUGCAGAUAUCAUUUUAUAAACUUUUGAGUUGCUGUCAAGUUUGCAUUGUUGGUUAUUUAUAGAUGAGCUAUGUUAGUUUACAAUGGAAAAAGAGAAUGGAGUCGGCGUGCCAUCAAUUAGCUCCCCUGUGAAACAAUUUUUCAACUCAGAAAAAAAUGAUAAAAAAGUAAUACAGUGAGUAAUACAGUGCAUAAAAAAAUAAUAUAAUAGUAUAUACCUGUUUAAAUAAACAUAGCCUUUGUGAAGAAGCAAAUAUCACAAUAAUUCAAAGAUUAAUAAAAUAGCAUUGCAUAAACUACAAUGACAUUUUUGUUACUGUGAUAUUUUUAAGAUAAUAAAAGAUGGGAGUGCUACUCUGAUUAGCUGUUUUCUAUAGUCUCCAGGAGCAACGGUGGAUGGUGAGAGAACUAUGUACUGCAGGAGAAAUAUAAAUUAUUCAUAACCUUCUACAGAAUCCCACUUCAAAAAUCAUGGGCUAUCACUUUUUUUCUCUGCCAUUGUCAUUUAGGUUUUGGGGUUUGUGCUGCAUGCUUCUGUGAAAAUAAAAUGCUCCUUUCCGAAACAAAAGAUUUUCUGAUACUUACACUAAAUUUAGCUCUGUUAUGCAAAAACUUUGUCACCUCAAUACCCAAUUAAGGCUUUAUUCAACACAAACUUACGUAAACUCUGUAUAUUUAAGCUAACAGGACCAAUUUGCACUCAAGAGUAAAUCCCACGAGAACAAAACAGGAGUUGAAUCCCUUGAACAGGCUGGUCCUGUCUGUGUUUUCUUUUUUCUCCAGUCAUUACGGAAAGCAGAAGAUUUAUUAUUUUUAUUUUUUUGUUUGUUUGUUUUUGCUGGAUGUGUUGCUUAUUGUUGUGCACUGGAGUCUCCUGGCAUUAUGCUGUUGACAGCUUGGCUAAUGGAGGGCCUGAUGAUUUGUAGGCCCGCACCGGGACGCGCAGCAACGUGCACAGCGGCAGAAUUUAAUGCAUUGCCUAGCAACAGUGUGAGCAAGGGCCAUGCCUAUAUCUCCGACGGAGAGGAGGAGUGACGUCUCCGAGAGAAGCAGGCCUCACCUUUUCUUUGUAGCAUUAGAGUCUCAGCGAAGGUGACGGCGGGUCACAUCAGUGAGAAGCUGUGUCUUCAACAUGUUUCUGGUUGGAUCGCUGCGAAAACACAAAAUCCUACCAAGUCCAGUUUCUAGUGUAAAUAUCUUGAAAUAAGACAAAACUAACUUACAAGGAACUUUUCAUCGGGAUAUAGGACCUUGUUUUGAAUCAAUAAUUCCUUAAUUUUGAUGAAUAAGAACUAGUUUCAUUGGCAGAUCAUUUUACUUGUCCAAUGUCCAAGCAUCAACCAGUUUAAAAAGAAAUACAAAGCUGUGGCUGCAUUCACACUGCAGCCUGAAGCGACCCAAUUCCAAAUUAUUAUUUUUUUUACGUAAUGAGAGAUGGGGAUCCAAUGUGUAUCAGAUUCUAAUGUGGCCUAACAUCUGGGUCACACUCAUCCCACCUGAACGUCACUGAUACUCGACACACGUCACUGUUCUGCGUCUUGAUAUGCGCAAGCGGGAAGAAAAACAACAACCAUCACGGUCUAUAAAAAUGCGAUUUGACAAAAAAUCGGAAUUGGGUCACUGCAUGCUGCAGUGUGAACGCAGCCUAUGUUACUCACGUUAUACAGAGAACUUUAGCUGUAUGUCAGGUUGUUAUUUACAAUUAACAUUGCUACUAUUAGUAUUAUCUGUACAUUUUCUUGUCUCUUGACAGUCCGUUUGUAACCAUUUUGUCUGUUCAGUCAGUAGGUAAAAUAUUUUAUUAAACUGAGAUAAGGGGAUUAAAUAAGUUUUGCUACUCCUUUUCAAAUAGAAAAGUAGCAGUAAAGAAAUUAUUUUGUUCUUGUUUAUGCAUGCUCUGUUUUUUAUUUUUAAAUAAAUACAAAAUACUUAUGACAUGGGAAAACUGUUUUGUUACAAGUGAAAUGAUCUGGGAAUGAAACUGGAACUUUUUCAUCAAUAUUAAGGCGUUUUUGAACAAGCUCUUAUGUCUUGCUGAAAAGUUACGAAGGAGUUUUGUUUUAUUUCAAGUGUACUAAGAUAUUUGCAAUAUAAAUUAGUUCAGAAAUACUUGCCAAAAGGUUGUGUUUUUGCAGUGAACGGCCGCAGUCAUCUGCUGUAGACGGGGAGCAAUACCAUGUUUUUAAAUGUGAACCUUCAAGCUGUGCUGCAGUGCUUUUUUUAUCCACUGACUGGGAAUGCAUCCCAUACAUGCCAAUAUCCCAACAACCACCGGGAUGUUGGGAUGUCUGGAGAAACCCAACAUCAAGAAAAGUUCAUUCUAAUUACACUGUUUCAUGGCUUCUCUUGCUCUUUUUUUUUUCCAGAUUUGUUUUCUACAUAAUCAUGUUCAUAGAGCUGUUUACUCCCACAGAGGAAUGUUAUUGAAGCAAAACAACAUGCUUGUAUGAAGUCGCCUCUCAUGGCUUAAGUUAUUGCAAAGAUCCUGUAUUUGUUAUUAUUAUACCGUCUUUAAAAGCUCCAUUUAAGUAAAUAUUCCUGAAUUUUGUUUGCAAGUGUUACUUCUGUGAUAAAUCAAUAAAAAAUAAACAUUUGAUGGACAUAU